AUGCGCUCGACGGUCCGUCGCCUCGACUUCUCGGCGCGAUUGACGUCGCGAUGCCUCUCGUCCGCGUUCGCGACGUCGACGGAGACGACGCGAACGCUGAAACAAUCCAUGACGGCGCUCGUGCGUUUGGUGCACCCGGACGUCUUGGCGUCCACGCACCCCGAGCUCUCGAAGGCGAACGCGGAGGCCCUGGCGCAUCUGCAGGGGACGCUCGAUCACGUGCGUCGAGCGCGGGAGCUCCCAGGGGCAAAGGUGAGAAGGUUGACGUUUUACGUGCGGGACGCGGGCGCGGCGGAGAGCGCCGACGACGUGCGAGCGGUUCCGUUUACGCUGCGCACGACGGGCGGGGACUGUCGAAACGUUGUGCGGAGAGAUUUAGGGUCACUUUUCGCGUCGGUUGGGAUCGAACGGGAGUUCGAGUGGGACGAUGGUGAUUGGCGGACGACGCGGACGGCGGAGGAGGAGGCGGAGGAGCGGAGGAGGAGGAACGAGCACGCGGAGACGUCGAGGGAGUACGGCGAGCCGGAGGUAGCGCAGGCGUAUCGAGAGCAAACCGGGGCGCGCGUGUCGACAAGAGAGCAGAGUAAGGACGUGCACGAGGCGAUCAAGGUGUUGGAUCCUUUGUUUGAGGGCAUCGCGGCCGUGGCGUGGUUGCGAGAUGCGAGCGAAAACGCCGACGAGGGCGAGCGCAAACGUCUCGUCAUGUACGAGGCGAUUCCGCAUCUCGUUCGUGAGGGAUGGAAUUUAAAGGGGGAGACCAUGGAGGCGAUCUGGCGAGGCGAGCGGGACGAGAAGAUUUUGCUGGAUGGUUUGGAUGGAGGAAGCGCGUUGGCGGUGUUGUCAAUUUUGAAACACGCGAAAAACUUGGAACGUCUCUACGGGCCACCUCCAGCGCGCAAGUAG